GAGGUGAGACUGUUACUGCGCAUGUCAUCUAUUGACAGUGUCCCUUUAAUGCACGUGUUCCAAUGUAUCAUGACGGUAUUAAACUUUGACCAUAGUAAGUAGGGAGAGGUGGUGUCCUCCUGUGUUAACUAUGCGUUGACUAUUACUCUUGUUUCACGGGUUUAUCAAGACACUUUGCGAGUUUCUUACUCAUCCCAUUAUUUAUUUAUUUUUAAUUUUAUUUAUUUAUUUUUCGUCUUUUCGACCAACUACACUUCAAAAAUAAUUUAGUGGGUAUUUUAGAAAAUUYAGCCACCGGAGAACAAAAUUUAUUCAAAUUGUAUCGUAAUCAUUAUCAUCGUUGUUACGCUGAAGAAUGCAAUAGGACAGCGUGAACGGGAAGUGGACGGGAAGCUCGUUAACGUAAAGCAGGAAACGUUAGGUAACGUUAAACACGCUAUAACGAUAUGUCAAAGAAUGGCUCUCGCGCGCAGUGUUUAGUGGCUGCUAGGAAUCACGCAUCACUGUCUCACUGCGUCAAAUACGCACUACACAUACAGUCAUGUAUAAUGCGUUGAGUUACGUUGUAUUUGAAGACACGCAACGACAAGUCUCAGUGAUCCGUGAACACUGACACGCACGAUGCUCUCUGCCGCAAUUGUUUUGGGAGUGACUAACACGUACGAAAGACAAGUUCUUUUUACGCUAGAACAAUUGCGUUACGGGCCUUGWCUUGCACUGCUUGAAGCGCAACCGAUCCGUCUGAGCAGUCUCUUGAGUGCCAAAUUAAAUUGGAACAAUAUGCAAAAUAAUCCAUUACCACGCCCAGCACUCUGAUGCGCCGUUACGGACUAUUAAUGUGUUCAACGGCUUUGGACAGCCGUCAAAACGGCUAACGACUAACGUCAAAACGGUACCCGAGAUACGGAAGUAUAAUGUCGUAUUUAAGCGCAACUAAACCUCACGUUCUUUGAAGUAACCGCUAAGGACAACCAGUUCAACAGUACGUACUGUUUAAUUUUACUGUUUAAUUUUUGUCUCGAUGUGAAAGGGUUAUCAUUUUUCGUAUUUGAUAAUUUUCAUGUUUAAAUUCACUGUCAUGAGAAAGCGAAAUAAAAACAAUGRUGGCAAACAAAAUGAAGGGUGAAAGAAGAUAGGCAAGGACUCAAAACAAGUGCGCCACAUGAUAUCAUUGGUGUAAAGCACGGAACGCAAGGAAGACAUUGAUAUAACAGAUAUAAAGAUAACCACGCAGUAAGCCAACCAUCAUGAGAGAGACAUUACGGGUAGAAAGUGGUGCACAAGAGUCCAUGACGAUGAAGAGGAUGAACGCAGGUCAAGAAGCAGGCAACGACGCGGUACGGAAACUUCACCAACAAGCUCACUUCCUCGCUAGAGAUAUCGUGUGUUACAGGACGGGUAAUGGAGAAGUAUCUCGAAACCUCACGGCACAAAACAUGCGUCGGCUCAGUGACGAGCUUGAACAAUGUCACCAUCUUUUACUGAACAAUAUGUGUAAUACUUUAAACAUGACUUCCGAUACUGCACAUCAGAAAUUUGUACAAAUUGCAGACGAAGUGUUCCGCGAUGGAGUCAACUGGGGAAGAAUCGUGGCUUUGUUUACAUUCGGAGGGAGGCUGGCGCAGUUUUGCGCGCGGAAUGGCAUGCAGCAUAACGUGGAUGAUGUAGAGCAGUGGUUAGGAGAUUAUAUAUCGGGAUUAUCAAGCUGGAUCCUUAAGCAAGGUGGCUGGAGUAUGUGCAUGGCUUGUUCAUAUCACAGCUUGCAUGGCUGUCCUUACAGCAGCUCUAAGUCUCUUGACUUUACGACAGAGUAUCUUCGACGUGUAGACCGACGGUACAAUUUGCAUGAUCUAGAAUGCUCAAUGGAACGUUAUCGAGUGGCUGUCAGCCGCAGUAGACCUGAAUCAUCAUCAUUAGUCAUCGCCAAUUGUAUGCUAUUCAAUAAUUCAAAGUUAAAUUGGCGAAGGCGAAGCAAGUCAAGAACGAAGCAUACGAUUAAUGCGCAGAACGACAUCUAUUGUGCAAAGUCAGCAAAGCUUGUUUCUUCACCUUCUGUAUUAUAUUCUAAAAUGGAGAAUUCUAAUGCUAAUUUUAGCUCGCAUUUAGACACAUGGAGUGAAAACCUUAAAAAUUAAAGUGCAUAUUUAAUAAAAUACGCAAUUUACGUUAUUUAGAGCGAGGUUCUGUCGCAACAAACUGCAAAAGAUGCAAAUAAUAUCAUGCAUAUAAUCUCGCUUUUCCAUGAUAACCGACUUUCAUUUACAAAAAUCUCCAAUACGACGAAAAAUCGCAAGUUUAAUACGUCCACAUUUACGACUUUCCUAAUACAAAAGUAAAAUCACAUUAGAUUUCGUUUAGUACGUAUUUUCAUGUUAAAUUCUAGAUUAAUGCUGUUUUUUCCCACAGUAAUAUCGCACGGUGAUGUUGUCAUAGAGACGAAGGAUCGUGAAAAAAUUUCUGCUGUAGAAUACAUGAUUGAUGCGUCUGUGGCACAUUCUAAUUCCCUUUAUGGGUAAAGAAAAUCAGCCGCAUUACCAGAACAAUAUUUCCAUUAGUUUUUCAAUUAUGAAAACAAAUACAAACCAAAUGGUUGAAACUACUGCGUUAGGUUGACAUGAAAUCGAAUUACUUGAUAUGAAAGCCAUUUAAAGAUUAUAAAUUUUUUAGAUAUUGUCAAUUUAUUGAUAUCUUCAAAAUAGUAUUAGUUUAUUACUUUAAACGGGUCUGAAGAUUCACGUGACUGAUAAAAAAAUCGAUGUAAUAGUCCGAUUUGCUCUGUGUUAGCCUCAAAACCAGGCAACAUAUUCUUUUGUUU